AUGGCCACAAUCCAACUCUCCGCGACUCUUCCGUCGCUCCCCUCGGACUGGUCGGCCGAGAAAGAUUUCAAACCCAUCUCCCACCUCUCCGCCCCAACCUCCCGAGCCAUCGAGCCGGUCGGCCCUCACUUCCUCGCCCACGCCCGCCGCAAGCGUCACAAGCGCACCUUCAGCGAGGAUGAGCGCAUCCAAGCCGAGAAGACGGUCGCGGCCGCCACCACCGACAAGGACGACGACAUCAGCGACACCGACGACCCCAUGAUGCUGCAACGCGAAGCCAAGGACUGGAAGACGCAGGACCACUACGCCAUCCUCGGCCUGGGGAAGCACAGGUGGAGAGCUACGGAAGACCAGAUCAAGCGGGCUCAUCGCAAGAAGGUGCUCAAACAUCACCCGGACAAGAAGGCCGCGAGUGGUGAGACGGAGGACGAUCAGUUCUUCAAGUGCAUUCAGCGCGCACAUGAGAUCCUGUCUGACCCGAGCAAGAGGCGGCAGUUCGACUCUGUGGACGAGGAAGCAGAUGUCAGCCCGCCGAGCAAGAAGGACGUGCAGAAGAAGCCCGGCAACUUUUACAAGAUGUGGGGACCGGUAUUUGAGAGCGAGGCCCGGUUCAGCAAGAAGGACAAUGUACCGAAGCUUGGAGGUGAGGACGCGACCCGCGAGCACGUCGAGUACUUCUACAAUUUCUGGUACAACUUCGACUCGUGGCGGACGUUCGAGUAUCUGGACGAGGAUGUACCGGAUGACAACGAGAACCGCGAUCAGAAGAGGCACAUGGAGCGCAAGAACAACAAUGCGAGGAAGAAGCGGAAGACGGAGGAUACGCAGCGGUUGAGGAAGUUGGUGGACGACGCGCUGGCGAUGGAUGAGCGGAUCAAGAAGUUCAAGCAGGAGGGGAACAAGGAGAAGAACAGGAAAAAGGCUGAGAAGGAGGCGGCAGAGAAGGCUGCAAAGGAGGAAGCGGCUGCGAAGAAGGCAGAAGAGGAGCGCUUGGCGAAGGAGAAGGCGGAGGCGGAUAAGGCUGUUAAGGAGGAGGGCAAGAAGGCCAAGGAAGCGGCGAAGAACGCUGCGAAGAAGAACAAGCGCGUCAUUCGCCAGGCGGUCAAGGACGCGAAUUACUUCGUCGACGGCGAGGCGGAUGCGAAGCAGAUCGACAGCAGUCUGAAUGAUGUCGAUGCUGUGAUUUUGAAGUUGGACAACGAGGAGGUGGCGUUGUUGAGCUCGAAGUUGCAGGGCAAGGAGAAGAGUGCGAUCAAGGAGGUGUUUAGUGACGAGGCGAAGAGGCUUGUUGAGGCGGGCAAGGCGAAGGAGGGGGAUUUCAAGUCGAUUCAGGGGUGA